CUAACGCCAUCAUCAUCAUCAUCACACGCACACACACACAGCGGCCACGACGAGCAGCACGGCUACACCAGGGCACCGCUCCCGUUCCUCCCGUCAGAUCAUUCACACAGGACGGACAUGGAUUACAGAGCUGAGGAUUAUUAGACGCGUUCAAACUGGGCCUCUGUUUUGGCGGCGCACAAAGCAAUGUGGAGGAAAUAAAACUUGUGACACGCUGAAAACAAGAGAUUAUAGAUAAUGGGCUGUGUGCAAUGCAAGGAUAAGGAAGCAACCAAACUCACAGACGACAGAGACGCCAGCAUCUCCCAGGGAGCCGGGUACCGCUAUGGCGCCGACCCCACGCCGCAGCACUACCCCAGCUUCGGGGUCACCGCCAUCCCCAACUACAACAACUUCCACGCCCCCGUUGGACAGGGGAUGACUGUCUUCGGGGGGGUCAGCACUUCCUCUCACACGGGGACCCUAAGGACUCGCGGUGGGACGGGAGUCACCCUCUUUGUGGCACUUUAUGACUACGAGGCGCGGACAGAAGACGACCUCAGCUUCAGGAAAGGAGAAAGGUUCCAGAUUAUCAACAGCACUGAAGGGGACUGGUGGGACGCUCGCUCGCUCACCUCCGGUGGCAGCGGCUACAUUCCCAGUAAUUACGUGGCUCCAGUGGAUUCCAUCCAGGCCGAGGACUGGUACUUUGGUAAACUUGGCCGUAAGGAUGCUGAGAGGCAGCUGCUGUCCACGGGAAACCCUCGAGGGACCUAUCUGAUCCGGGAGAGUGAAACCACUAAAGGUGCCUUCUCCUUGUCCAUACGGGACUGGGACGAUGUGAAAGGUGACCACGUCAAGCAUUAUAAGAUCCGCAAGCUGGACAGCGGCGGCUACUACAUCACCACCAGGGCUCAGUUUGACACGCUGCAGCAGCUGGUUCAGCACUACUCAGACCGAGCCGCCGGGCUUUGCUGUCGCUUGGUGGUUCCCUGCCACAAAGGGAUGCCCCGCCUCGCCGACCUGUCCGUCAAAACCAAAGACGUGUGGGAGAUCCCGCGGGAGUCUCUGCAGCUCAUCAAGCGCCUUGGGAACGGGCAGUUUGGGGAGGUCUGGAUGGGAACGUGGAACGGCACCACUAAGGUGGCGGUGAAGACUCUGAAGCCUGGCACCAUGUCCCCCGAGUCCUUCCUGGAGGAGGCUCAGAUCAUGAAGAAACUCCGCCAUGACAAGCUGGUGCAGCUCUACGCCGUGGUGUCUGAGGAGCCCAUUUACAUCGUCACAGAGUACAUGGGCAAAGGAAGCCUGCUGGACUUCUUGAAGGAUGGAGAAGGACGAGGGUUGAAGCUGCCGAACCUGGUCGACAUGGCUGCACAGGUUGCAGCGGGCAUGGCCUACAUCGAGAGGAUGAACUACAUCCACAGAGACCUCCGCUCAGCCAACAUCCUGGUGGGAGACAACCUGGUGUGUAAGAUCGCUGACUUCGGCCUGGCCAGGCUGAUCGAGGACAACGAGUACACAGCUCGGCAAGGUGCAAAGUUCCCCAUCAAGUGGACGGCCCCGGAGGCCGCGCUGUACGGGAAGUUCACCAUCAAGUCGGACGUGUGGUCGUUUGGCAUCCUGCUGACGGAGCUGGUCACCAAGGGUCGGGUGCCUUACCCAGGCAUGAACAACCGUGAGGUCCUGGAGCAGGUGGAGCGAGGCUACAGGAUGCCGUGUCCACAGGACUGCCCCAUCUCUCUGCACGAGCUGAUGCUGCAGUGCUGGAAGAAGGACGCAGAGGAGCGGCCCACCUUCGAGUACCUGCAGGCCUUCUUGGAGGACUACUUCACAGCCACCGAGCCUCAGUACCAGCCCGGGGACAACCUCUAAACCCCCCCCCCCCCCCUCCUCCUCCUCUACCCUCUCUCUCCUCCUGCUCCGUGUAGGCCUGCAGGCUGGGACUGGACUGGCUGAAUCAGCGCUGUUACACAAACUCUGGAGCCCUCCCAGCCUGGACUUCUUUUAAGGAUCUGUACAGCUUUCUGAGCUCCAACACCAACCCCCCCUACAACACAACCCUCAGUCUACGACACGCCCCCCCCAGUGUCUGAACUCUGCAAAUGCAAUGAUUAGGGAAGAGGCCGGACGGAGGAUUAGCGGAGUGAACUGGGGCUGUGAUCAUGCAAUGAAAUCCUUGUAUUCAGUGUAAAUAAGAAAAAAGCUUGUUUUACUUUAUUUGUUGCUUCUGUUUCAGAUUUUAUUUUCUCCUGCACAAAAUAAUGAUAAUGAUAAUGAUGAUGAUGAUGAUGAUGAUGAUGAUGAUGAUGAAGAGGGCAAAGGAAGAGAAGCAUCAGGCACGGCACAGUGAAUCUGUGUGUGUAUUAUACUGUAGCUCCUGUUCACACACAUUCUUUUGGAAGUUUUUUUCUCAAUUUUCAUUAAUAUGUUAAAAAAAAAUGUCACCCACAUUUUAUUGCUUCGUUCUUCUCUAAGUUUGUGGCGCUCUCGAGAUUCACUUAGCGACAUCUUGACCUCUGACCUGCUGCUCAGGACGAGACGCUGAGACGAUGAUGUGACGAUGUUGUCCUGAUGUGUUUCAGGCUGCAGGAUGUGUGAAGGUCAAUGAUUCUGAUCAAUCGUUUUCAUUUCACCGCUUUCUAAUUGGUCAUCGACUGAAAGACGAUGGAAAGUAGAAAUCUGGAUAUUUUUGGUGGCCCAGUGGUUAGUGCAUGCACCCCUUGUACAGAGGCUUAAGUCCUCGAGAGCGGGCAGCCCGGGUUCAAUGCUGCCUG